AUGGUAUCAAAGGUAGCAGAGAUAUCGAGGAACACCAUAGCAACGCAUUUUCGUCUGUCAAGAAUUCAAACCGAUGAGAAAUGUACAGAAGAAAUUGAAUUUGAUGAAGAAACAGACGAAGACAAUGAUAUUGAGAUGGAAGAAACAGAGUCUCAUGAAGAUCCCACAUGGUAUCCAGUUGGAAAUAUGUCAGAUGUUCCAAACAAGAACACCAUUGAUCAUGAGUUGGAUUUGAAGGGAAAAGACAUAAGAGAAGAACCCAAAGGACUGGUAUUUCUAUCAAAACUUCUGCUUUUGUUCAAAUUUUGCCAUUUCUGUUUUGCAACGGGUCCAAAAUUGGAGGUCUCACAGACUGGAACAAUGCUGACUAUUGACAGCACUUGUCAGAAGUGCAAGCAGACUUUCACUUGGACCAGCCAGCCAUUACUUCUCAAAUUUCCUGCUGGGAACUUGCUCUUAAGUUUUGCUAUCCUUACAGCUGGUGCUUCAGUCAGAAAAAUUAUGAUGGUAUUGCGGCACAUCAAUGUUCUUGUGUACAAUGAAUGCACCUAUUACUAUCAUCAAAAACACAUUCUUAUACCAAAAAUUGUGAAAUUCUGGAGGGAAUACCAGGCAAAGAAAUUAGAGGAAUUGAGAGGAAAGGAGGUGGUUAUAGCUUGUGAUGGGCGCCAUAACAGUAUGGGCCACUCAGCAAAGUUUGGGACUUAUUCUAUAUACUGCUGCACCAUUGGUCUAAUUAUUCAUCUUGUUGUUGUACAGGCAAAUGAAGCUGGGAGCAGUACUGGCAUGGAGUUUGUUGGACAUCAGAGAGCUAUAGAAUUUCUACUUACAACUGGAAUGGUUAUUACAGCAUUUGUCUCAGAUCGUCAUACAGCUAUAGCAAAGUGGAUGAGGGAGGAGCUUCCAAGCCGCUGUAGGGCUCUAGGCAAACCUGUUAUUACUCACUAUUUUGAUCUUUGGCAUAUUGGCAAAAAGAUUCAGAAAAUCCUUAUUAAACUGUCCAAGCUUAGUGGAUGCGAGCUGAUUGGAAGAUGACGCAAAGCCUGUGUCCGCCACUUUUAUUGGGCAGUCACUUCUACUCAAGGUUUGCUGGGGGAAGUCAAAGUGGCAAAAUUUCAUGCUUUUUUUUCGCAUGUACUGGACAAACACAAAAACCUUCCUAACAAACACUUCAAUGGUUGUGCACAUGGUGCUAUAACCAAGCCCAAGGUUUGGUUUACAAAAGGUUCAGAAGCCUAUGAGAAGAUGUACACAGCCCUCACUGAUAAAAAGCUUACAAAUGCAAUAAAAAAGGCAUCUUCAAAGGGACAGACAAGUUGCUUGGAAUCAUAUCAUGCCGUAAUCAACCAUUUUGCUCCAAAGAUGUUACCCUACUCCUAUCUUGGUAUGCUGGCAAGGACAAUAGUAGCUGCACUACAUUUUAAUUACAACUUGAGGAGAGAUCCCAAAGUAGAUGCCAAUGGAAAGACAAAACUAAAAGUUCACUACCCAAAAUACAAAUAUGGUGAGGGAACAGUAAAAGAAUGUAAAAACUCCUCAUCAACAGAUUACAUUGCUGAACUUUAUAAGUCAAUGACAAAGACUCCUAGGCAAGAACUUAACGUUAUUAGAGAUGAACUUAUGCAACAGACUCCUGAGGCCAUGCACACAAUGUAUGAAAGACAAUCUGCUGAUGAAGCAAAGAAAAAGUACACAGAAAGAAAAGCAAUGGGGACAACAAUUGUUCCACCAACAUGCACAGGUAAUAAGGAUAUAACAAGUUCAAUGUAUGAUAUGUUACAGUUAAACAAAUUCUAUAUGUACUCUGUGGUUCUGGAAGCACAAAGAAAAUAA